UGUACCGAAUUUUCCUUUGUUUUUCUACAACUAUUGCUCAUCAUUGUUCUCUGUUUCUCUACAAUUCAUGCUUAUCAUUUGUGGCCGAGUUGCAUGAUAAAUAGGCGGAGAUCUUGACAAAAUUCUAGUACUUUGUAAAUUGUAAUACUUGGGGAAUCGGCGUGGAUGUUUCGGGGUUUAAGUUGUGGUUGAGUGCUUAAAUUUCCUCUAUUUUCUUGAAAGAAUAGUUAGCGGUAGUAAACGUUUCCAGCAAUACUCCUAUGUUCAAACUUGAAAACCAGACCUUCCUGCUCACAAAAAAUGGAAGGCUUCGCUUCAUGUCAGCUUCUACAGCUGCUGCAGUGGCAGAUGCAACAAUAAACCCUUAUUUUCAUCAACAAAAUUGCACAAAUCCGUAUACCCAGGUACAACCACCACCAGAAUCUUAUUUUUCUCAGAAGUUGGAGCCCAAAGUUUGCAUCUCUUGGCUGCUAAAGUGUAGAAACAAACUUCAGAUUAGACAAGUUCAUGCCCAUGUGGCUGUGAAUGGGUUGCUCCAGAACCUCAUUGUUGCUAAUAAGCUCCUUUACAUAUAUGUCCAGCAUAAGGCUCUGGGUGAUGCUUACUCCUUAUUUGGUGGGAUGAGAAAGAGAAACCCAGUUAGUAAUAGUGUAAUGGUUGGUGGGUUUGCUAAAGUUGGUGAUUAUAUCAACUGUUUUGGGACAUUUAGGGAGAUUAUUCGGUGUGGGGUGUGGCUGGAUAAUUAUACAAUGCCUUCUGUGAUAAGGGCUUGUAGGGAUAUAACGGACCUCCAAAUGGGUAGACUGAUUCAUGUAAUCGCUUUGAAAUAUAAUUUGGAGUUGGAUAAUUUUGUUUGUGCUGCGCUUGUGGAUAUGUAUGCAAAAUGUAGGGCAAUUCAGGAUGCUUGGCAAUUGUUUGUUAAAAUGCAAACGAGGGACCUUGUGACGUGGACGGUGAUGAUUGGCAUGUAUGCCGACUGUGGGAAUGCUACUAAGUCGCUGGUUUUGUUUGAUCAGAUGAGAGAGGAAGGCGUUGUCCUAGAUAAGGUUGCCAUGGUGACCGUUGUUUAUGCUUGUGCAAAAUUGGGGGCCAUGCAUAAGGCUAUACUUAUUCAUGAUUAUAUACGUAGGAAUAAGUUUUCCUUAGAUGUCAUCUUGGGAACUGCGAUGAUUGAUAUGUAUGCUAAGUGUGGGAAUGUUGAUUAUGCGAGGGAUAUCUUUGAUAGAAUGCAAGAAAAGAAUGUUAUCUCAUGGAGUGCCAUGAUUGCAGCUUACGGAUAUCAUGGGCAAGGCAGGAAAGCUCUUGCUUUACUCCCUAUGAUGUUGAGCAGUGGGACAUUACCAAACAGGAUCACUUUUGUUUCACUAUUAUAUGCUUGUAGUCAUGCCGGUCUCAUUGAAGAUGGUCUUCAAUUGUUCUCCUUGAUGUGGGAUGAUUAUGCUGUGAGACCGGAUGUGAAGCACUAUACUUGUGUAGUUGAUCUCUUAGGGCGUGCAGGGAGACUUGAUGAGGCCUUCAAACUGAUUGAGAAUAUGACAGUUGAGAAAGAUGAGAGGCUCUGGAGUGCGUUGCUUGGGGCAUGUAGAAUCCAUGGCCAUAUAGACCUUGCUGAACAGGCUGCAAAAUCCCUUCUUGAGCUCCAGCCUCAAAACCCAGGGCACUAUGUGUUGCUUUCAAAUAUUUAUGCAAAAGCAGGAAGGUGGAAAGAUGUGGCAACGAUCCGGGAUCUUAUGAUGCAAAGGAGAUUAAGAAAGGUUCCUGGUUGGACUUGGGUGGAGGUGGAUAAAAAAAUUCACCAAUUUAGUGUUGGCUGUAGGACGCAUCCCCAGUCACAAGAGAUCUAUGGCAUGCUGACAAGUUUGUGUAAGAGGUUGGAGUUGGCUGGUUAUGUCCCUGAUACAAAUUUUGUGUUGCAUGAUGUUGAGGAGGAAGUUAAGCGAGGAAUUUUGUACACGCAUAGUGAGAAGUUGGCAAUUGCCUUCUGCCUUGUCGCAACACCUGAGGGAACCCCUAUCAGGAUUACAAAAAAUCUCAGGGUUUGUGGUGACUGCCACACAUUCAGUAAGUUGGUGUCAGCUAUUACACAGAGGGAGAUCAUUGUUCGAGAUGCCAAUAGAUUUCACCACUUCAAGGAGGGGGUUUGCUCAUGCGGAGAUUAUUGGUAACUGGCCUCAAUUCAAUAUAUCUUCCUAACAUCCAUCCUUUCACGGAAGGGGUGCUAUUUUUAAUUGCCAACAGCCUUCGAGAGAUUUUGUAGGCACAAAGAAGAAGAUUAAGGUUACGUUUGGUAUGCAGAAUGGCUAUUCCAUUAUAAAAUGGAAUAGCUGUCAUUGAAAAUAGAACAAAGUGGAAUGAAAUAGUCUUGGAAUAACCAUUCUUACAUACUCUAACACCAAGGCUAUUCUAUUCAACUUUCUUCCAUUUCUAAUGAAAGCUAUUCAAUUUUUUAAUGAAAUAGUUAUUCCACGUACCAAACGUGUCUUAAUAGUAACAAAACAAAUGAUGGAGACUUGAUAUUCCCAAGAUGCUUGUUCUCUUCUAAGGAAAUCUUGGUUCUUAGUGGCAAGGGGAAAUAACGUUAUAUAUAUAUGGAUUUAACUUUGUAAUUAUUCAAAUUUACUGAUUUGAGAUUAAUGAUUUCUUCUGCAAA